UUUCGUUGCGUUUUUGUUCUGGCGAUGCGGUUGCAGCGUUGAUCAAAAACCAAUUUAUUUUGUGGUAAAACCUUAAAAUUCGCAUUUCAAGUAAUAUUCAACGUAAUAUUUAUACAACUAAACGUAUCACUGAUGUUUUAUUAAGCAUUUUAAGUUGUGUUUUGGUAGUGAAAUUGUGUUUCAAAAUUUCCCGCCUCCCCAGCUCAAAGAACUGUUCUGUCAGUUGAAGGCGCGCGUAAACAACGUUUCCGAAACACUCCGCGUGAGCGAAAAAGUUUGGUACGUGAGAACCCUCGGUGGCAGUGUGUUGGUGUGUUGAUUCCGGCCACUCAUCUCGUUUUGACAAGCAGUUGAGAGGGAAAAAGGCAAAAAAGUGUACAAGCAAGCCAGCUAUUGAAAAGUACGGGAGGAAGACGGCAGACGGUAUAUCGCAGCAAGCCACCAUCUCCGAAGAAGCAGGUCUGAAAAUUCGUGUCGAUAAGUUGCUGCAGCCAGGAGAAAAAUGCCUCUCCUACGGCAGAAGCUGCUCCAGAAAGUGUCCGGGCAGGAAAAACUUCGCGACAGCGAUGAAGUUUUCUACUGCGAGACCACAAACGAGAUCUUCAGCAACUAUGAAGACUAUUUCCACCACGUCGUGCUCAUCUCAUCAAUCGUUUGGACGUGUGAGAUCACUGGAAAAACGAAUCUCACGUAUGCGGAAGCGCUGGAAUCCGAAAAACAGGCUCGCAAACAAAUCCGCCUGUUUCCUGCUGCACUUCGGGGUCCAUUCUUGCUGGUGGCAUCCCACACCAAGCGGAGUUCGUUCAACGAAAUGCUCGACGAUGUGUACGGCUACGUAAAGGAUCAUUACUUCAAGGGUGAAACGGUCGACGCCAUCGAUCCCAAUGAAAACGUCUACCGCGAGGCUAAAAUUGUCGAGGUGAUACCGUCAAGCAACAAAAACAGUCCAGUGAAGACGGAAAAAAUCAAGUAUCGUGUUUGUUCGGAUGACGGUAGUGAGCCUAAGGAGUGGACCUUAGUUACAGAAAAUAUCAAGCGGGAACGCAGCUUAGCUACUCGUGACAAAUGUAAAGUGUUCCUAAAGUUGCACCUGGAACAGGUUAGCGGAGUGCUCAAGAUUAAGGAAGCUUCCAUCAAGAAACACGUAACCGAUGAAAAAAUUACAGACGCAAUGAUUUUCUUCGGUAAGCCGCCAGAUUUUGGAACCUCAAAAAGUUUACAACGAGCUGAAGAAAAGAAACGCAUCGAGCAAGAAAAGAAACAUUUGCCCGAUAAGACUAAGAAAAAGCCUGGUCCAAAGCCAGGUUUUAAGAAGGGCAGCGAUGGAAAACAACAGAGUAUGACAAAAUACUUGAACAAAUCGGCUGACGAAGCGAGUAGUAGUAAAGUGAAAACAGAGGAAGACGAAAAGAAAUCCGAAAAGAGUCUAAAGGAAGAGAUGGAACGAAAGCAGAAGGAGAAAGCAGAGAAAGAGGCUUUGAAGAAGAAACAGCUGGAAGAGCAAAAAGCGAUUCUAGCCGAGCAGGUGGCAAUUGCCAUUAAAAAGUUCAACCGCACUCAAGAGGAUCUAGAAUUGGUCGAUCAAAAAGUCAUUCCGGAGGCCAAACCAGUGACCACCAUUAUCGAUUCGAAGCACUUCAGUGAUUUUAUGUACAUUUUGGAGUUUAUGACGUCUUUUGCGGAGUUAUUAUCGAUCAAAGACAAGUUUGCGAAUGGUCUAUCAAUGGAUCUGCUGGAAAGAGCUUUGCUGCUGAAAGAAGUGAAUGGGCCGUUGAGCGACAUUCUUCAAGUGUUGCUGAGUACCAUCUUCUCCCAUCAAGUAGAGGAAGAAAACGAAGUGUAUAUUAGGUACGAUACGGCAUCUGAGUUUGGAAUGAAGAAGAAUGGUAUUCCAUUCCACAAGAAGGCGACUGAAGCUGGCAUAUGGUGUUAUACUCAUUACUGCACCAAACUGAAUGAAUUACCGAUGGAUUCGACCACCGUGUCCGAAAUACUGCGACUGCAUUUCCUUUCAUCCGGUGCGUUGAUUGAGGAUCGAGGAGCAAAGUGGCGGUACUCUAUGAGAGGAGGAUACAACAGCUCCGACGACCCCGGUAUCCAGAUAAUUUUGAACAGUCCGCACAUUUUAAAAGCUCUCAACUCACACACAGUAUUCCAGCUUCCAGUUGGCGACAUUUUGAAAAUUUUGAAAUGCCUCAUCGACCAGCUGUUAACCUAUAGUAGCGUGAGAGAUUUGAUAGAAGAACGUCUGGAUAAGGCCAAAAUAGCCAAGCAGCAAUAUAUUUCGACUAAUGCAGCAAAGAGAAGGUGUGAGGCGCGCAACAACUCCGCCAAGUGGGAUAUGAAGAAUGAAAUAAAGAGAAAGGUCACUGCUCAUGAGGGUACGGUCGAAGAGAAGCUUGCUCUGCGUAAGGAGCUGGAGGAAAAAAUGGCUCAAGAUGUUGUAAAAAUGGAUGCCGAAACUGAACGAGCCAUUAAAGAUCUACAGAAAGAUAUCGACAAAUGCAAAGUCGAUUUCUUCGAUUAUCAGAUCUAUCUGGGAUCCGAUCGAGCGCACCGCAGCUAUUGGCUCUUUGAAUCCUUGCCUGGGGUAUUCGUAGAGCACGAUCGCACAUUCUCCGGAAAAUGUUUGGAUAAACCUACUACGCAUAUACACGGAUUGGCCUUAUGCCCAGCAGAUAUGCGAAAAAAGUUCAUCACUCAAACAAUCAUGAACAACAAACUAAGUGAAAAUGAUAAGGAAAAUCAUACCACUAAAAAAGAAGAAUUAGUCAUUGAAAAACUAAUACUUAAUGGAAGCCUCAAGGUUAAAGCAUUGUUCGAUCAAAACAAAACUGUUGCCAAUGGAACUCCUGAAAGUUCGUCAGAGAAUAAAGAUGACAUUUUAAAAAUACCUUCCAACGCCGAACUUUUAAUGUGUACAGCCGAUCCAAAAUCUUGCCCAGUGCAUGGCGACGCUUCUUCAGGUCACGUCUGGACCUUCUAUCAUACCGAAGAAGAACUUAAUGCUCUAAUUGAAAGUCUUAACCCAAGAGGUGUUCGUGAAAAAAACCUUCGUGAGAAUUUGGAGAACGAGAAAGAGCUCAUACUGGCACAUAUUGCAGAUUGUCCGGUAGACCAAAUAACGGCGAAGAAAGAAGAUCGAGAGACAAUCCUCGCGUCCAUUAUCACAAAGUACAUUAAAAAGUACGAUUCUCCUGACUUCAAGCACGAACAGGGAACGGAUCCUAGCAUUAUUUUUGAAACCACCAUCCGCGAGAACCUUUUAGAACUGGAAUCAAAAAUUUCCGUCGGUUACUUGGGCAGCAUGAAGGUUACUGACCGGGAAGAGUGGCGCAGUGUGCUCGAGCAAUUCGACUUCAAGGAACUGUCUGCUGAGCCGCUACGAUGGGGCCGCAAUCGACUGGCGGCUAUGAAAGAGAAAAAAGAAGAUGCCGAUGAUCAAGACGAAGGCAUGGAGAACGACGAAUCUGACGAUGAAGCUGACAGGCAACUUAUCUAUGACAAGAAUCCGGGCUACGAUUUGCCAGAGAUGGCUAUUGGUGACUGCGAAGAUCCCAAUUCCGAAGACAAAACUUGGGUGAAAUUUUCGCAAGAAAUUGAAAUCGUCAAAGACAAGGUUCGAUCUUUAGCAACGGCCCUGCUUCAAAUUGAACAAUGUAUUGAUCCUAAAUUUCUGUGUUUCCCAUUCGGAGCAAAGAAGAAGAUCAAAGACAAGGCUGCCAUUACGAAAUCAAUCAUCAAGGGUCAGAAGAACCUGGCACUUUGGGAGGAAUCCCUCAUGAGCGCUACAAAUUACUCUCAACUAUUCCUACAUUACAAUGUGCUGUACGAUACCAUUCAGUGGAGUAGGUCAGCCGAGCGUAUUGCUUGUAUGAUGUGCCGCCGGAAGGGUGAUCCCGAGCAGACGCUAUUAUGCGAUGAGUGUAAUCGGGCUUGUCACAUGUACUGUCUAAAGCCCAAAUUGAAACAAGUCCCAGAGGGAGAUUGGUACUGUCCGAAAUGCAGGCCAGAGAACUACAAACGUAAGAGACAACCCAAAAAACGAGAGGUGUUUGUGGAAGAAGAACCCGUCGAGGAAGAACCCGAGGAAGUUGUGGAACAAGAACUGGAUGAAACUGCUGUUGAUGAAGAAAUGGAUGAAUCGAUCAUGGAACAGGAUACUCUCGUUUGCAAGAAAUGCAAUGAAGUUGAUGCAUCCGCUGUUUGCUCAACAUGCGACGCAGCAUAUCAUCCACAAUGUACCAAAUCGCUUACGAGUACACCGAAGAAAAGUUGGAAAUGUGAUAAAUGCAAGAAAAAGUCGUCCAAGAAUUCGAGCAGUUCGAAGAAAAAAUCAAAGAGUAGUAAAAAAUCCAAAAAGAAAGUGACAGUUCGAUUGGCGGCAGGUCCCGUUGUAGAUGAUAGUUUUGAGAAUUAUGAGGACGACGCGGAGGACAACACAUUCAACGAUGAAGCUGAAGAGGAAGAACCUGCGGAAACGCCAAAAUCGACCAAGAAAAGAAUCUCGAAACGUAAGGCUUCUGAUGAAGGAGAUUCAAGUGAUGACGAGGCGUUAUCGAUCAAAGCGAAACGGGGUCGCCGGUCAAGUUCAAAAAGAUCCCUCACCAACGGACAUCACGAGGAACAGGAAGAUGAGGAUGAAGAUUCGGCGUCACCUCCCAGCAAAUCGCGACGAUCCGCGCCGCCCAAUGAUGAGCUGAAUGCGUCGAAUUCUCGCAAAGGUAGACGCACUGGCGAAGAUCUGCCACUGAAUAAUGUAGCGUUAUACACCUUAAUUGAUGACAUUAUCAAACAUCAAGAUUCUUGGCCAUUUGAUAGGCCCGUUUCCGUUAAGGAGGUUCCGGAUUACUACACUAUCAUUAAGAACCCAAUGGAUUUUGCAAAGAUCAAAUCGAAAUUAAAUAUGGGCGAGUACACGAUAAACGAACAAAUGAUGAACGACGUGCAGCUAGUGUUUCGUAACUGCGAUUUAUACAACACGGAUGAAACGGAAAUAUACAGAACCGGUCAGAGCCUGGAACGUUUUGUGUUGCAACGAUCGAAUGAGCUGGCCCUCCCAUUCAAGCCGAGCGAUAUGCUGAAACACGACUCGGCACUAAAGAAUGGCACAUCCAGUUCAGGCACUCCAGUGAGGAACGGUGAGGCUUCGUCAAAAUCGCCCCCCAAAGACAGUAAUAGCGGGAAAAGAAGGUCUAUAAAAAAGUAAGAACUACAAAUCGUACAUAAUUUAGUUUUGAUAUAAAGAAACGUUGGCUUAGUAUUGAUAUAUGUUAAGAGUAGAUUCGACUCUUUCAAGUAGUUUCGUUUAUUUUAAAGCUAGCUCGUAGGGAUUAGAUAAAGAUCAUUGAAGCACUUUUUUCAUACAAGGACAACACAUAAUGGUAUUCCAAAAGGCUGAUUAAUUGCUCAUGAGCAAAUUAGAUCACCUGACAAACACACAUGAAAAAUGGGCAAGUCCCCUGAUCGUUCGGUACGUAUGUUUUAUUCCCAUCUGUCUCACCAUUAGGUACAUUUAUUUUUUAUUUAUAAUAAAAUGACAUACAUUAAGACACAGAGAA